GAGUUUUCUGGGGGAAUUUCCUCAUCUUGAGAGCUAACAUACAUUAUAUAAUUUUGUGCAUAAUAUAAAAAUCCCAUCUCUACUUUCCAACUUCUCAUCUCAUAAGCAGCAUACACACCAAAAAAUCUUUCAUUUUUGAUCACCAAUUUUGGCUGAUUUCUUAGUGCUUUCAUGCUUGCUGAAGGCUUGAAAUGGGAAACAAACAAUCACUACCUUACUCUUUUCAGUAUAAUCGACUUUCAUCUUCUUCCCCCCACUCCGACGACAACAACAACCAACAACAACCUCUUCUUCACAAUCACACGAGCCACGACGAGGAGUGCAUGGAGCAACUGAUGUCUGACAUUGAAGCUAAUCGGAAAAAGAAUGAAUCCCUGGAAAAGAGGAAUGCGGCUUUGGAGAGACAAGUUUGCGAGCUAAGAGAUACUAUUUACAAACAACAAUCCAGAGUUCCUCCUAUUGUUGAAACCAACGUUGCUGCUCUCAAUAAUCAAAUUCAUGAACUGAAGUCUGCUGUGUCCAGACUAGAAUCCAGCUCCCAUCAACCCACUCCCGUGAGCACUAGUAUUGGAAUGGGAUCAGAUGCUGUCCUGAAGAAAGAGGUUGAUAGACUGGAACAUCGAGUUAUGCAACUUGAACUUGACUCUUUGAUGGGUGUUAGGAAACAAGAAAUGGAAAAAAUUGUAGAAAAGAAUGCAGAAUUGGAGAACCGACUUGCACAACUAACAACUACUAUUGAUGAACUCAAGUCUUUAUCUUCUCAUGUGGGCACUAGUACUGGAAUGAGAUCAGAUGUUGUCCUAAAGAAAGAGGUUGAUAGACUGGAACAUCGGGUUAUGCAAUUAGAACUUGACACUUUUUUGAUCCGCAAAAGAAACUUUACUGAUGGGAAAGAGCAUACAAAGUAUGAAACAACAUCAAUAAAGGGGAAGGAAGUGCAAAGAGUAUCACGGAACACCACCUCAAUCCCAACUAGAUUGGCACCGAGAGGGGAACCCUAUCAUAUGGCAGCACAAGCCUUGGAUUCUGACUUUUUGAUGGGUAUUAGGAAACAAGAAAUGGAAAAAAUUGUAGAAAAGAAUGCAGAAUUUGAGAACCGAGUAGCACAACUAACAACUACUAUUGAUCAACUCAAGUCUUCAUCUUCUCAUGAAACUGGCUUGACCACUCCCACGGAAGCAGAUCAUGGAAUCCAAGGCCACGAGAGAAAUGAUCUUGUUAGCUGCCUCAUAGUUUUGAUUUUUUUGGUUUCUGUACUCAUUGGUGUUAAUAUCUAAGAAGUAUAGCGGCUCAACAUUAAUAAAAAUAAAGUCUCGUCUUAUGUGCCUUUGAA